UACUGGAAAGCAAAGGUGAAAUUUUUCAUAACGCGACUCUUUCGGCACAAAAUUCCGCAACUUUUCCGGCGAUACAGUCAGCGGCCUUGAUCGCCUUUUUUCCGCCACAGUAGCAGCUGUGAUCCACCGCCGCUGCUUUACCACUCGAGAUUUUUCAGAAAUCGAAACCCCUGCAACUUUCAACCAUUAAAAAUACUCUGAUAGCAGCGUGAAGCCGAAGAAGAGAAACUCUAAUACGGUGAUGGGAGUCAUGGAGCUCUACUCGACUGUUGCAGAGACGAUUUACUCUUACACGGGGCUUUCUCCGGUUGCCUUCUUUACGAUCCUUUCGCUCAUGGUUGGGAUAUACCACAUGGUCUGCGGGAUGUUCGUCUCGCCGGAGGUGGAGGCGGCAGCGGCGACAAGGAGGUCGGUGCAGCCAGAGCCUGAGUUACCUCCCGAGCCUGUUGAGAUUGGGGAGGUGACGAUCGAGGAGCUGAGGGCUUACGACGGAUCGGAUCCCAAGAAACCUCUUCUGAUGGCGAUUAAAGGGAAUAUCUUCGAUGUUUCGAGAUCCAGAAUAUUCUACGGACCUGGUGGCCCUUACGCUUUAUUUGCGGGUAGGGAAUCUAGCCGAGCCUUGGCUCUCAUGUCCUUUGACCAAAAUGACCUCACUGGCAACCUUGAAGGCCUCAGUGCUUCUGAACUGGAAGUCUUGCAAGAUUGGGAAGAAAAAUUCAUGGAGAAAUAUGUUAAGGUUGGACACCUCGUUUCUGAAAGGACAAGAACAACAGAUAACAAUCAAAAGAAUGAGAAGCUUGAAGCACUGCAGGAGCCGAGGACUGAGAUAGAUAACCAAGUUGAAAACCUGGGAACUAAAGGAAAUGAAAGAGACUCUAGAUCAGUAAUCUGGGCUUAGAUUUUGUAUGGGCGUUCUGAUGUUCUUAUAAGGCUUGAGUUGCUAUGUUUCUCUCUAGUGCUGCUGCAUGUAAGCUGUUACAUUAAUCUAUGUUAUUCUAGAUUUUAUGGUACCCCAUAACAUUUCCCUCAGCCAUUCCCUUAAUUUAGUGUUGGAUUUGUAAGUUCUUAUGUAUUACACUGUCUCAAUUAGUAGCAUUGAAAUGAUUUUUGUCUUGGCUAGUUGCUAUCUUA